AUGAUGGAGAGUCAGGUCCAUGGAAUGUAUCCGCCACCAGGCAAUGCAAUGUCGGUCUCCAGUAGUCCUGAGCAUUGGAACAAAUUCCCAGACAAUGAGGUACACUAUUGGUCCCAUCAUUAUGAUGUGGGCGCUUUCAGCUCGUACUCACUGCUCGCGUUGAGCACUGGGACUAGCCUCAAACUGCUACGGCGACCAACAGGCGCCCGCACGGCCUUUCCAUUGGGUCUCAUGUUCUCACUGACGUGA